ACAUAUACUUAGAAAGGUCGACUGCAGCAUAAAUUUGUUUAAAAUCCAUUCAAUGAUUUUGUUCAUUCUACUGUAACACAGUUCAUUCAGAUCGAUACAAACAUGGCCGUUACUUAUAAACAAACUAGAUAUUAACCUUAUGGAUUUGACAUGGAUUUAAAUCAUAAAGCAAAGAAAAGCAAUUCCACGUUUUCAAUACUAGUGGCAGGUUCGUCAGGAUGUGGGAAAACAAGCUUGGUCAAUCGCUUUAUUGGAGAUAAAUUCAAGAAAGAACAUUUACCUACACAAAGUUUGAACAGUACGUCGCAUACCGUAGAAGUAAAUGGAAGACAGAUUCGUAUACUGCUUAAUGACACAGAUGGGGAUAGAAGAUACGAGAGAUUCUCAAUCAACUAUUAUUCUACGAUGGACGCAACUGUUAUUGUGUAUGAUAUCUCCAAACAGGAAUCUUUAGAGACAGCAAGCGAUAUAUGUGAGCGAUGGAAAAAAUACAAUCAGGGGACCAAGAAAGCAGUUGUAAUUCUAGUAGGAAACAAAUCUGAUAUGAAACGUGAAAUCAACAAACAAGAUAUCGAGGAUUUUGCAGAGAAGGAAAAUUUACCCCACACAGAAACAAGCGCAAAAACAAAUGAAAACGUAACCGAGAUGUUCAUGUCAGUAAUCAAACGACUUAUAGAAAAUGGCGAUGAUGAUGGUGGUGAUGUACCGGCAGACGACCGCCUCGCCUUGAGAAAAGGAUAUUCCAGUAUGAGUAUGCAUGAGGACACAGUGCCUACUACGACGACGCAAAACAGUGCAUGUAGUUGUGUAAUAAAUUAAAGGGUUAAAUAAGGACUGCGUAGACACCUUGAUGGAUGGUUCGGCCCCAAAGACAUCAGAACCAGAAGCUGUUCAUCUAUUUUAACAUACCUCAAUAGUUAAGCCACAAUAUAGAAUGGUUCCCUGUCCUUUAUCUGUUCUGUUUUGGUGACUGAGAUACCCGUAAGUUGCAAGGGAGAGGACCAGCCUAAAUAGCAGUAAUUUUUAUUUUUUCAUUUUUAUUAUGGAUGAUUAUUUAUUGUUGAUAUUUAUAAAGAUAUUGAUGUUUUAUUUGGUGUACACUGUCGUUUACCAUGGUCGACGUAGAUUUAAUAUAAUGGUGGGUGAGAGAAUUGUUUAUAUUCUUUUAGCCUUAUCAUUCACUAUUUUAUAGGAAGUUAGAGUGUUACAGCUAUGUCACAGUAAAAUCGACAUCAUAAGUCUAUAUAAUGUAUAAAAUUGUUAAAAGGAUGUAAAAAGUCAAGUUAUUUAAUAUAUAACUUAAAGGAGCUUCGCCAUCUUUUAUCUUAGUUAUUAAAUUUUGCAGUAGAUUUUGAUAAUCAUUUUAAAUUUAAUUGUGUAAUACGAGUGUAUCAAAAAAUCUAUGUAAUACUAUUUUAUGUUUUUUUCGAUGAUAUCUCUUUUAACAUUUUUACUCUCAUUUUUCCAAUUUGUUACAACAUGUAAGUCAGCAGUACAAAAUAAAAUAAAGGAUAAUUAUCAUAAUAA